AUGUCCGAAUUUUUUGCGGUUACAGCAGCAGCUGCCGCUCGUAUCUUAUUUGCUAUACAUGGGAUUGCUGCCAUUUGGCGUGUAGCAUUGGUUUAUCGAAAAAAUAAAUAUUGGUUUCAAGCAAUCACUCUUUUUGGAAUACCAGCGGAAUUUUUUGUCACACUCUAUGUUAAUAAUGGACAUGAGUGGAAAUGGUUUUGUCCGUCCGUCUUCUUUUAUUUAUGUACCGUUAUUCCAAGUGUUUGGUUUCUUGAACUUGAUUUAGCUGAACAACGUUCAAGAUACAAUGUUACACAAUUAAUCACUUCAACGGAUAAUGAGGAUUACGUUCCACUUGUACCAUGGAAAAUACCAGCUGAAAUGUGGACACAAAUUGUCGAACAAACAUUAUUAUUAGUAUUAAUAAUUGGUCGAUGGUUAUUACCUGUUGGAAAAACAAUGACAAGAGAUCAAUUAUCACAAUUACUUCUUGUUUAUAUUGGAACAGCGGCUGAUAUCAUCGAAUUAUUUGAAGCAUUCAAAGAAAGUGGUGUACAAAGAAAUUUAACAAUAAUUCAUUUAAUACUUUCAGCAUGGUCUGUUAGUCUCUUACAAUUUACACUUGUUGUCACAUCAACAAAAUCACGUAAAACUAGAGGCGGUUUUCAAUCAUCCGAUGAUUCAACUGAUCAAUGUUUUACAUUUCGUCUAUUUUGGGAAACCGAAUUAUGGGCAUUAUCAACAACAAUAUUAUUACAAGAUGGACCAUUUCUAUGCCUUCGUCUCGGUUUAAUAAUUCAUUAUAAAAUAAUUAGUCAAUCAAAUGUAUUUUUUACAACAAAAAAUUUUCUUGUAGUAUUACUCCAAUUAUAUCGUGUUUGUGUUAUUGUUAUUGAACAUCGUAAACGUCAACGAUUAGCGAGACUGGCCGGUCUAAAUCCGAAUCAUCAUGGUCUAAAUGAAUUAUUACAAUUACCGAUAAUGCCCGAACAUCAAACCAUAAAACGAACAAAGAAAAAAUUAUCGACAAUGUCCAAUAAUUCACUAAAUAUACUUGGUAAUGGGAAAAUAUCUCAAUCAACAACAUCCAUGCAUAUACGUUCACCGACAACUGAUCCUUUACCUCGUAAAAAACGAUCUCCAUCUUCAACUAGUAAUACAACAUCAGUCUCAAAAUCGAAACAUUUAAUUAAAAAUUAUAAUACAUUACCAAUAAAUAAUAAGAAUAUAUCGUCAUCCUAUUCCGAAAUAGAUCAUGAAGUUUUAGCUCGUAAACUUUGUACAGCAGUAUAG